AUGGUUAUUCAAUUUAUGAUCUAUGAAAAAAUUAAACAUGAUCUACAUAUUUGGCUUUCUAAGUAUAAUGUUUCUUUAUAUUGGUUAAGUGAAGAUCCUAAAGUGGCUCAUUUUAUGAUUGCUGGAGCAAUAUCAAAAUUUGUAGCUGUUGUUACUACAUAUCCUCAUGAAGUUAUAAGAACAAGAACUAGAGAAGUUGGAUAUAAAGGACAAGGUUUUUGGACUUUAAUAUAUCAAAUUACCAAAAAUGAAGGUUUUAAAACUUUAUAUCGUGGAAUGGGAACUACUUUAAUAAGAUCAGUACCAAAUUCAGCAAUAUCUUUGACUGCUUAUGAAUAUUUUGUCAAGUUCUUUAACAAGAUGCUAAAUUAG